AUGCGUUUGAUCCAGAAUAUAGGGCUUUUAUCAUUGUUAUCAUCUCUAGCUUUUGCUGUGCUAUUUGAAGAUGCAUUCGUCAAGGACUGGAUUAAGCAUUCUUAUGGAGAAAUACAGCGGUACGAACUCUUGUCAGACAAAGAGCUUAUAGGAUUAACAAAUGAGAAUGAAAUAUUGAAUAUGGAUCUCAGGAAUGGUGGUUCGUUGAAUUGGAAAGCAGCUUUGCAUGAGUUUGGUAAUAUAAACCAAUACUUUUUAUCGAAAAAUAGGAAAUUGGUAUAUGCGUAUUCCACCAGCGACAAGCGCAUUUACUUGAUUGAUUCCAAAACGGGCAUUUUACAGGAAACCCUUUUCAGUGAAACUGUGCCAUUGAAAUUGGUUGAAUUUUUCGGUGUAGGAGUUUUAGCAGUGGGUACGGACGGGCUGUUGACAUUUUUAGGGAACGAUGGAGUGGUAAAGCCAAUUAGUACCGAUGCCAAAAUUAGGGAUAUCAGGGUUUCGCAGGCAGAUGGCACACUUUAUGUGAUAACGGAUGAUUUGCUGCUAAUUUCAAUUACGAGAUCGUUGGAUGUGUUACCUACGUCUAAACCAUUUAAGAAGUACAUUUCUCACAUUAACGAAGUAAAGACAUUUCAAGAUAAUAUUAUUGUGACGGAAGACAACAAGAUAUUAUCUAUUGACGAUGAUGGUGUGAGGGAGGUCAAUAGUACUUUGAAACCAAAACAACAUAUUCGAGUAUUGAGUCUUGAAUUGGCUUAUUCCAUUGAUUCUAAAGUAAUUCAUUUCCACUCCAUUACGGACGGAAAAUUUGAAGCUCUCGUGGAUUAUUCAUUUGAAGACCAAAUUUCUGAAGUUGAUUUUAUGAACUAUGCGUCUUCCGAAUUUGUACUUCUUGCCACUGAAUCCAAUGUUAUUCUCCUUGACGUAUCUGGAUUAUCACUUGGUGGCGACAUUAAUGCUAUUCAGAAGUAUCAGUUUCAAUUUAAUAGCUCGAUUCAAACUGGACAGAAUUAUAUCACAUACGACAAGGGAUCUAAUUUGCAGUUAAUUUCCAGCCGUCUAGUCGAUUUUAAGGUCGAUGUUGCUAUUUAUGCGGCAAGCACCGAAUCUGUCACACACUUAUCAUUCGAUUUGAAUAGAUUUAAUCCAACUUCGUCAAAGUAUUUGAUGAUCGAUAGACCGCAAUCAGAAGGUGAGAUAAACAAGGUACACCAUUUGAUCCAUGAUUCUGAUGACUACCAUUUUUUCAUUUCCCGUUGGCUUGCGAUACUUAGGAGGCAUUUGUCUCAAUUGGGUAGGUUAAUUAUUUCAAAAAUUACAAGGUCAUCUACUUCUCAUGAUGAAUAUGCACCUGAGGAUACAUUUGGGUUUGGCAAGCUCAUUAUUUUUAUGGACGAGCAGCAGGGAUACGUUAUUGCGAUUGAUUCUGUAGAGGGUUCUGUUGCAUGGAAAUGCAAAGUCGAAGUUAAGGAACAGAACAUGAUAGAUUUUGUCGAUAGGCCUGCAACGAAUGAAGUUGUUCUUAUCUUAAAACAUUCAUUGUUAUCACUCGAUAUUAGGAAUGGAAAAAUCACAAAUACAAAAACCUUUAAAGAAGAAAUACUGAAAAGUUUCUCAUUAAGAUUAGAAAACGACGAAGAAGUUAUUGCUUUGAAGCUUGCUAACAGUCAUAAAUUACAAUUAUUCAAAGAUAGUGAAGUUAGUAUUAAAACAGAUCAAUAUUUGAUCGAUCAAACUGAUGAUUCCUUACAGGGUUUUAAAAUUAAUGACAAAGAUAUAAUUCCAACAUGGAAAUUUGAAAAACCGGAUGAGAAAGUACUUUUAGUAAAGACCAAACCAAUGCAUACCAAGACUUCAUCGAUCGGCAUAACUCUAUCAGACAAGUCUGUCUUAUAUAAAUACUUGAAUCCAAAUUUGAUUUCCAUCAUUACGGAGGGCUCGGAGACAAAAAUAAUACGCUAUUAUUUAAUUGAUAGUGUCAGUGGAAGCGUGUUGUAUACUCACGAACACAGUGAGAAUGAAAUUGUUGAUUCUGAUUCCAUUCAAUUAUGCAUGGAUGAUAACUGGAUCGUAUACACAUUUUUUAUUAAGUCUCCAAAACUAGAACAAAGGGUUAUUGUAUUUGAUUUGUUUGAUACUAUGGAAAAAUCAGUAAAUAAAAACCUCGUUUCUGCACUUGAGAGUAAUACAACAAUCAAUUCUAUUUCAAAAAAAUCCUUCAUUUUCCCUGAGAGAAUAGUAUCCCUUGCUUCUACCCAAACAAAAUUUGGUAUUACAUUAAAAUCUAUGUUGUUCUUAACAGAAUCAGGAAGUUUAAUUGAAGUUCCGAAAUUUAUUUUAAACAGUAGAAGAAUAGCUAACCGGGCAUUAACUGGUAAGGACUUUCAAGAUGACUUUAGAAUGAUGCCAUACGAACCGGUGAUUCCUAAGAAUAAUUUUCAGGUAUUGAAUCAUAAGCAUCAAUUACUCUUAGAUUCCAACACUGAUCAAAUAUUAAUGAAGCCUACUGAAUUAGAAUCAACUUCGGUUGUGUGUUUCGUUAAUAAGUUCAACAUUUUCUGCAAUGUAAUUCAACCUUCAUUAUCUUAUGAUUUAUUGAGUGAAAAUUUUGAUAGAAUUAAAUUGAUCUUAACUAUCUUAGCCUUACUAGCCGCGUACUUAAUUACAAAGCCAUUUGUCUUUUCCAGAAGAUUAAAUGCCCAUUGGAUAGAUCGAUAA